AUGAAGCUCCACAGCACCAAGAUAUGUGUAUGUGGUAUCUGUAAAAUAGAGUUUCUUGAUAGCUAUGAGUUGCAGCGUCAUAUGCGUAAGACACACACAGGUGACAUGCCUUAUAAAUGUGAACAGUGCGACCGUGAAUUCAGCCAAUACAACAACCUAAGAAGACAUCUUCGUGUACACAAUGGAAAGUCAUACAAAUGUCACAUCUGUGGACGUACGUUUAACGAGGUGUUUUACCUGGAGAUGCAUAUUGGCUCUCACACUGGAGAGCGUACCUACAGCUGUGGUGUGUGUAGUCUAUCCUUCCGUGACAAUGCAGAACUUCAACGACAUGUCCAAACGCACAGUGCAGCUGAGCUUCACACUUGCGAGGUUUGCGGGAAAUCCUUUAGCAAGGCCUGUGUCUUGCGACAACACAAAAAGAUGCAUUCAGGUCUCCGUCCUUUUAAAUGCGAUAUUUGCGACAAAGCUUUUAUCCAUCGUCAUCAUCUGAAGAUUCAUUCGCGCAUGCACAGCACUGAUAAACCAUACCGGUGUAAGAUUUGUGGGAAGGAUUUUGCACAGACAAGUCAUCUGUACAAGCAUGUCAGACAACAUGCACAGAAAACUGAUGAAGGUGAUGCAGAUGUUUGUACACAGGCCGAAAUUCAAGCCUUGUAUCCAGGGCUUUGUCAAGGCUCGCAUGGCUCUCCAAGUCCCCUAACCACAUCUGGAGUAAGUGACUUAUCACAGUCAUCAGGCUCGCCAGUUAACAGCCCAAUCACAGAGGGAGAUGGUCAUGUUGUUCCCUCUGAAACUAUCAAGUCAGAUGGUGUAGACGACACAUUGUCAAAACCACAGCUGUCUGAAAACAGAUACAAUAAUCUGGAUGUUAAGAAAGUUGGAAAGAACAAAGUUGAUAUGAAAACAGUAGAUGACGGCUGUGACAAUGGUUACAGAUGUGAUGAUGGAAUCAAUUUGGAUCAUAUUGCUAAGAGGAGGGAGGUAGACUUGAUGGAUCAGCAUCUGAAGGACUUAAAAGGUACAGAAGAGAGUACUGCAUCAGACACCAUGGAGUCAGAUAUUGAUACAGAGUCAGGAGAAUUAUCUCCCCUUGAAAAUGAGCCGCAGCAUGACUACAGACCAUUAGAUGUUACAGAAAGUAUGAUGUCAAGGGGAGACAAUUAUCUCAAUCAGUCAGACUUUUCGUGUAAAGACAAAGAGUUGUCUGUACAACGUCACGUUGAAAAUGAUUUAUCAACUUGUGAUGACUUUUCUAAACGAAUAAAGGAAGAGUGUAGCCAGAUGUCUCAGAACAUGAGCGACAUCAAAGACGAAGAUGAAGGGGUCAAGGUCAUUAAAGGGGUCACUGGAGCUACAUCAGGAAAAUUAGUGCUGAAGAAAGAGACUCAAGACAGCAACAUUAAACAGAAUUAUUCAAUUGAACAUCUUCUUCAGCAUUCUACUGACCACUGCAAUGAUAAUGGAAAGAAAUCAUUCAUUAAUUCAUCACCCACAAGUUAUUCCAGUAAACAAUGGAUUACUGAAUCUCGUGUUGAAAACAACCCUAGUCAACAUCCCACUGAACCAUCAAAAUCCUUACACAACACAGAGUCCAGCGUUAAAAAUCAGUCGAGUCCCUCUCUGACUGUCCUUGAUAACCAUCUGAAUGCUAAUUCUGAAAGGUCAUCAAAUUGUCUUCACCAGAAUUCAUUAAGCAAGGAAGGUCAAGGCUAUUUAGAUCAACAGUCAUCACGGUUUAAUGAAUCUGCUUCUCCAAUUAGUUCUGACCAUCUGUCUACAGUAUCAUCACAGGAAUCAGAAUUGUCAAGGUCAAGGUCAUCUAGUCUAGAAAGUGAAGACAAAAGGUCACAGUCAUUUAAAAUGAUGAAUAUGUUGAAAGGACAGAAAAGUUUCCGAGAGGAAGAUGUGACGUCAUCUACAGACAAAAACCCUGUUAGUAAUAGUUAUGAAAAAGCUUACCAAGCAGGAGAAGAUAACUCAGGCCAUCACAAUUUGCACCCGUCAUAUGAAGUAUCUACAGCAACUUAUCAUCCAGAAACAGUUUUCAACCCCGACAGGUCUUCUCCUCACACCAAACCAAAACAGAAAAGACGCAGGCGUCAAAAUAACAAAAACAUUCCGCCAGAACAAAAUUAUCUCCCUUUGAUUCCAAAUUUAGGAAUAGACCCCCAGCAAAUGUACUUGUUACAGCUGCAUCAGAUGCAGAUGGCGAUGGCCGCGUCGAUGGCUGCUGGAGCCCAGAUGUAUCCAUUCCCUGGCAACAGGAUGAUGUCAACAGGAAGUUUCGAUACCAGCAUGGCGUAUUCUCCUGAAAUAAAUCACCGAGAUUUUAAUAGAGAAAGGUCACAGUCACCACAGGUGGCAAGGUCACAUGACAUUCACAGACAGGGACAAGAAGGCUUGCUCCAUCUUCCAUCAAAUUCACCUCAGAACAAAGAAAUCUGUCAUUCAGGAUCCCCUACGAUGAAAAAUUUAGCUCCAACAGGUAGCCUGACCUCGUCUCGUGAUGAAAUGAUGAGGUAUAUGGUGAUGAAACAAGAAAUGGCAAGUAAUGGACAUAAUUGA